GACCGUCACACACAUUAAGCACUGCUGCUCUCGGGUCGGUUCUUACAGCACAAACGGAGAGGAAAUUCAUCGAUCUGUGGAAGUUAAGAAUUGAGGAGCUACACAGCAGACGGGAAAUCUCUCCCUGAUUCUUCUGCCCAUCUUUUCUGUCGUGGUCUUAUCUGCAUCAGCCACCAUGGUUCUGGAGGACAACGAGGACUCAGUCUUUGAGCCCACAAUCACUGAGGAGCAUGUGGAGACUCUGUAUGGGAACGUGCACUGCAUCAUGACAGGGACUCCAAGGGCAAACCGCCCCGUCAUCCUGACCUUCCAUGAUGUUGGACUGAACCACAAGUCCUGUUUUGAGAAGCUGUUCAGCCACGAGGACAUGCUUGAAAUCACGAGGCAUUUCCCUGUUUGUCACGUCGAAGCACCUGGACAGCACGAGACAGCAAAGACUCUGCCACCUACGUACAUCUAUCCAACAAUGGACCAGCUGUCUGAGGCUCUGCCCGCUGUCCUCAAACAUUUUGGGCUGCGCACUGUGGUUGGACUGGGAGUCGGAGCAGGAGCCUACAUCCUGGCGAAAUUCGCUUUGAAUCAUCCUGAGCUGGUGGACGGAUUGGUUCUGAUCAACAUCAACCCCAGUGCUGAAGGACUAAUGGACAGUGUUGCAUACAGGAUCACUGAAUGGACCCAUACUCUCCAGGACCAAGUCAUCGCACAUUUGUUUGGAAAAGAGGAGAUCCAGACCAACCAUGACCUCAUAGCUACAUACCGCCACAACAUCACAACAACGAUGAAUCAGUACAAUGUGAGCCAGUUCUACCGCUCCUACAACAGUCGCAGCGCUUUGGAUGUGGAGAGGCCUGUUCCUGGAGGAAACAUCAACGUCAGGACCCUCAAGUGCUCCACUCUGCUGGUUGUAGGCGACGAUUCUCCAGCUGUGGAGGCCGUGGUCGACUGCAACUCCAAACUUAACCCCACCAAGACCACACUGCUCAAGAUGUCAGACUGUGGAGGACUUCCUCAGGUGGUUCAGCCAGCAAAAGUGAUUGAAGCCUUCAAAUAUUUCAUCCAAGGCAUGGGAUAUUUGUCCAGUGCCAGCAUGACCAGACUUCGGUCACGAACGACCUCCAGCUCCAGCAUCUCGUCCUUCGAUGGCUCUCGUAGCCGCGCACACACCAAUGAGCUGCGUGGCAGAACCCACUCACACGGCACUGAAGAGAAGCGUGGGCGCUCACAAACUGAUGCCUCUAUGGAUAACAUUUCCAACAAUAAUAUGGACCACACGAACUCAAAGUCCACAGAGCUGGCAUGUUAGAGAGAACUCUGUGCUCCUAAAUCCCAUGCACUUAAACCCAAUCAUACCUCAUUAGCUCCACCCAUAUAGCUCCCCUCAUACCUUAACUACCAUCAUAUUGACAUCCUUCUUAUGUCUGUCAGGCCCUUUCAUAUGCACUAUCACUAGUUGAGAAGCCACAUCAUGUGGCUCCAUGUAGCCAUUUUUUUUUACCCUUUUAAAUUAUGUAUUUUCCUUCAUCAGUUUAACAAUCCUGUGUCUCUUCCUUUCUAUCGAUCUGCUCUUUAUUCUACCUUGAACUGUUGCUGUAUGUCUCUACCUCUGUUUCUUCUUUUCUACGUAUGUCUCCUUUUUUUCCCUGUUCAUGUCUUUGUCUUUUUCUUGUCUUUUAUUUUCCAUUUCUGCCCUCUGACUCUGAUCCCUGUACCAGAGGUUCUGCUGCAGGCUUCAGACGUUGAAAAUCAAGUCCUUAAGCUUCCACAUGUGAAUUCAUGUAUCAUGAGUAUAUCUCCUAUAGCGUAAAAACUGGAUGUUCAUUAAAAAAUGUGUACAAUUUAUAAUAUGUAACUAUGACGGCUGUGUGAUAAUAAACAGCAGGAAUUUGUUUGACAUAUAUAUUUUAGACUCUUUUUAAAUGUACUGUGCAAUGUUACUUUUAUUGUUACAUUAAGUUCAAUCAGUAAAACAGAUAACUUCAUGUAAGUGUCUUUGUGCUUUCAGUGAAUAAACACUUGAAUAAAAAUAAUUAUCCAU